GGAGUAUCUAAACAAUUAAGAAAUUCCUCCUUUUUCUUCCUUUGAAAAGCAUAAAAAAAAAAUUAAUAACCAACAAAACCAUGAAAUACCUUACCUUAAUCCUUACAUUUUCCAUCAUCAACGUCUUCUCAAAUGCAACACCAAUAUUUUUUACUCGACUUCAACCACAAAUGAGUCUAUCUUAUACGUUCAACCUUACCCAUCAACAUAUAAAUAUGGUUGAACCGGUGAGAAACUGCUUUUACAUGAUCCAAGUAAAAACAAGCUGCAAUUCUCCAGCACUCACAAGAGAUACAGUGGGUAUUUUAUUUGGAGAUGCUAUUGGCAAUGAGAUUGUAAUGUUAAAUGACGAUAGCCCUGAUAUUCAAACAUUCGAGCAGUGCAAAACGCUUACAUUUGAAUUAUUAGGAAAUUGUAUUGGAAAAAUUUGCAAAUUGUAUGUAGCUAGGGUUGGAUCAGACGGUUGGAUUCCAGAAUCAAUCACUGCAUACCAACGUAACUAUCCCCCAAUCACAUUCAACUACAAUUAUUUCAUUCCCGAUGAUGAACAACGAUAUGGUUUUGAUUAUUGCCUACAACAAGCUUAAUGUUACAUCUUUAAAUACUUGUCUUUCUUUUCUUGAAAAAAAAAUACUUAUUGCAUUUUGUUAUAAAAACAAAUUGUCAAGAAACAUAUUUAUGUAAGAUAUAAACUAUUUUCUUUA